GCUAACACAGACUUGAAGACAGCCACUUGCCCCCUCAGCACCGUUACUUAGAAGAUAGGAUUCAAGAGGAGACGCCCCACCCGGAGCCGGCCUGGGGGCGAGCCGGGGCCCCCCCACCCCCGGGAUGACCUCGGCCGGCAGGGCCAACCCCUACAGUAUCGUGUCAUCAGAGGAGGACGGGCUGCACCUGGUCACCAUGUCGGGCGCCAACGGCUUCGGCAACGGCAAGGUGCACACGCGGCGCAGGUGCCGAAACCGCUUCGUCAAGAAGAACGGCCAGUGCAACAUUGAGUUCGCCAACAUGGAUGAGAAGUCGCAGCGCUACCUGGCCGACAUGUUCACCACGUGCGUGGACAUCCGCUGGCGCUACAUGCUGCUCAUCUUCUCGCUGGCCUUCCUCGCCUCCUGGCUGCUGUUCGGUGUCAUCUUCUGGGUCAUCGCCGUGGCCCACGGCGACCUGGAGCCGGCAGAGGGCCGCGGCCGCACGCCCUGCGUGAUGCAGGUCCACGGCUUCAUGGCGGCCUUCCUCUUCUCCAUCGAGACGCAGACCACCAUCGGCUACGGGCUGCGCUGUGUGACGGAGGAGUGCCCCGUGGCCGUCUUCAUGGUGGUGGCGCAGUCCAUCGUGGGCUGCAUCAUCGACUCCUUCAUGAUCGGCGCCAUCAUGGCCAAGAUGGCUCGGCCCAAGAAGCGGGCACAGACGCUGCUGUUCAGUCACAACGCCGUGGUGGCCCUGCGCGACGGCAAGCUCUGCCUCAUGUGGCGCGUGGGCAACCUGCGUAAGAGCCACAUCGUGGAGGCCCACGUGCGGGCCCAGCUCAUCAAGCCGAGGGUCACCGAGGAGGGCGAGUACAUCCCACUGGACCAGAUCGACAUCGAUGUCGGCUUUGACAAGGGCCUCGACCGCAUCUUCCUCGUGUCACCCAUCACCAUCCUGCAUGAGAUCGACGAGGCCAGCCCGCUGUUUGGCAUCAGCCGGCAGGACCUGGAGACAGAUGACUUCGAGAUCGUGGUCAUCCUGGAGGGCAUGGUGGAGGCCACGGCCAUGACCACACAGGCCCGCAGCUCCUACCUGGCCAACGAGAUCCUGUGGGGCCACCGCUUUGAGCCUGUCCUCUUUGAGGAGAAGAACCAGUACAAGAUCGACUACGCCCACUUCCACAAGACCUACGAGGUGCCCUCCACACCCCGCUGCAGCGCCAAGGACCUGGUGGAGAACAAAUUCCUGCUUCCCAGUGCCAACUCCUUCUGUUACGAGAACGAGCUGGCCUUUCUGAGCCGUGAUGAGGAGGACGAGGCAGACGGAGACCAGGAUGGCCGCAGCCCCCAGGCCCGGCAUGACUUUGAUAGACCCCAGGCCGGUGGCGGCGGCGGCGGCGGCGGCGGCGGCCUCGAGCAGCGGCCCUACAGACGGGAGUCAGAGAUCUGAGCCGCCAUCGGCCAACGUGCAGCAUCCGCCCCGCCAGGGAGAGGCCCGGCGUCCCGCAAGGGCCCCGGGUUUGAGCAGAACGGGCCAGGUGCCCCGGUUGCAGACUCAGUAGCGUUUUAGAUGUUUUAUGUUUCUUCACAGUGGCCUGGCAAGGUUGGCGGGAGAGUGGGCGGCCAGUGGGCUGCCCCUGGCCUCAGGGGCCAGAGCAGGUGCAGGGACAGGGAGGUGGCCUCUCGGGGUCCAGGCCAGGAGCCGGGGGCUUCUGCCUGAGGCUAGAACUGCAGCCUGCCUGGAAACGGCUCCACAGCCACCCAGCCUCUGUGGGCGAAG